GCAACUACAACCCACUUUAGCAUAUAUAUACAUAUAUGUUUAAGAUUAUGGAACAAAAAGCAACCAUGAAUCAUCUUUGUUCUUGAUAUUAUUUUCAAGUAAUCUCUGUCGUGUUCUAAGCAAAAGUGCUUUGGUUUGGACGUAGCAGUUGAAGCUUUCCCUCUUUUCCACCUAAUAUUUAAUAUCUGAUGACAUCUUUGUCUCUAAUUUAUAAGGUGGAUGCUGACUUGGUCUCAUUUUGCUAGGAAUGUCCUUUCUCUUGAUAUUCAAGAUUUAACAUCCUUAUCAUCAUCCACUUUAGCACUAUUUGUUGAGCAAUCCUCUGAACAUCAAGAAGAGCAGCUAAAAAGAAAAACCUUGAUAUUGACGAAAUCAAAUGCAUCAUACAAUAGUGCUUUAUUGUUCAUAUGCAAACUUGUCUGUUCAUAAAGUUGAAUAAAUCUCGAUGUUUGACUUUUUCUUGAUAUUCAGGAGUGGCUAGGUGAAAGAUCAAAGGUGAGAAAAAAACUUAUAUUAUUUAGACAGCAAGAGCCAUCGGUUAUCCUUGGAAGAAAAUGGGUUCUUUCUCUGUGGAAGAUUUUGUGGGAAAUGGGGUUCUUAAGGAUCUGCUUCCCACUUUGCUGGAUGAAGGCUGGGAUGAUGUACCCACCUUGAAGGUCAUGAAUUCUGAGGAUAUGGAUGCUAUAAACAUGACACGACAACAGAAGGAAGCAAUUGAAAUUAGAACUUAUCUGCAUGAUAGAUCUCUGAUGCCGUAUGCAGAUAGGCUAGAGUCCACCGGAAAAUGUUUGCCUGAACUUCUAAGCAUAAGUGUUGAGGAUUUAACAUCUCAAUUCCAUAUGAAGAGAGGUCAUAUUGCACGUUUCCAUGAUAGAAAAAGUUCGUGUGUGGAUCCCUCGACCAAUAAGUUUGAUGCUCCUUUAGCAUCAACAAGCAUCAAGAGGACUUAUCAGUCUAACAGCUCAAAGAGGAUGCAAAGUAUGAGAAGCCGAAACUUUCAGGAUAAAACAGUUGAGCAAGCAAUGAGUGAAUUUAAGAUUGAAGACGGGUAUGAGUUCAAGGGGAUUGUUGCAACAGAACUAGCUGGUCAUAUAGCAUGUGGUUGUGUGCAACCUCCUCAUAUUGUUGAUAAAAUUGCUCCUUAUUCUGCCAUUGAAAACAUCUCCAUUCAGAAAUUAACUCCAGAGUAUAAAAUUGGAAUGGAGCGCUUGGUGAAGACUAAGACUCCCCCUAUGAAAGCAUCAUCACUAUGGCAGGAUAAGCCAGCCAUUAUCCUCUGUAUUAGACGACCUGGGUGCAUCAUGUGCAGAGCAGAAGCUCACCAGCUAUAUGCCAGAAAAGCGAUAUUUGAUGCACUAGGAUACCAACUAUUCGCUGUAAUUCAUGAACACAUAGAAUCAGAGGUGAAGGACUUCUGGCCCCGGUACUGGGGAGGCACUGUAAUCUUUGACCAAGGCAGAGGAUUCUUCAAAGCUCUAGGUGGUGGAAAGUUAAUGAAGGAAAAAUUCCUAUUCGGAUUUCUUUUCAACCCUCGGGCUAUAGCAAAUUAUAAGCGUGCAAAAGCAAUGGGAAUAAAGCAAAACUUCAAUGGAGAAGGAGAAAUUAAGGGUGGUUUGUUCAUUCUUGGCUCAUCAAAGCGUGGUAUUGCUUACCAGUUUAUUGAGCGGAACUUUGGGGACUGGGCACCUCUUUCUGAAGUUAUUGAGAUCUGUACAAAAAUACAGAGCCAGUCGCAAGCUUCAGGCCUAUCCAUCAAACCAUCCCAAGAAGAUAACCGGAGUUCGUCCCUAGUCUAAUACAAAUUCUCAUCUGGAUUUUAGUCCUCAGUUAACUGAAACUUUUCACGACACAAGAGAAGUGUUUCCAUCUUUCUUCGUUAUCUUUUAUCCGAUGUUCUUUAAUUAACCUGGAUGUUGCACAAAACUUCAAUUAUUACUAUGCCUUUCUUAUCACUUGACCGCCACGCGGGACAACUGGGUUUAGUUUGAAAGCAAUUUGCAGCGCA